CCUAUGCGUAAAACCAAGCGUAAUAAAAAUGUCACUGUCUUGUCAUAGUUGUCAUAUUGACAUUGACACUUGACAGCCAAAUGUUUGCGAAAUUACGCGCUAGUUCCGCCCGGUUGUUUCUUUCCUUAAUAGCAAGUUAAUUAUGACUCCAACUAUUUUAAAGUCUUUAUUGGAACGCAAGUAAAAUUUUUCUUCAGUGUUUCAUCUUACGCUUACCUUUGAAACCGACGGCAUGCCUCGAGUAAAACUAGACUACGUCGUGAGUUUUAGCAGCGAAGAUUCUGAAAAUCCAGCAAGCAAUUUACUAGCAUAUGAAGUGAGCAAGAAGAAAUGGCUUUGCAAAGCGGGGGAGGCGUCCUGCUCAGUUGUACUGCAGCUCAACCAUGCAGUUCAGAUUUCUACAGUUCACAUUGGUGCAUACCAUGCGGCACUAGUAGAAGUCCUGGUUGGGCGCUCAGAGACUCCAAAUAACCAAUUUGAAGUACUGGUCCCGUCCAGCGUGUUCCUAUCGCCUAUGGACUCGCGCCGCGGGACCGGCGUGGAGCGCGUGCGCUCGUUCAGCGCCGAGCAGCUGGCACCUGCUAAAGCUCAAAAAUGGGAUCGAGUUAGAAUCGUGUGCUCGCAGCCUUAUAACAAGCACUGUAAGUACGGCCUCUCCUUCGUGCACAUAUUCGAGUCAGACAAAUCCGAGUCUGACAAGCCUUCAUCGCCGCAGCUCGUGCCAGCACCGGCCGUACCUACUCGAGUAGCAGUGCCAGUAGGACAGUACUCCUCGGAUGAGGAUGAUUUCAGGCCAGGGGAGCUGUUCGCUAAGCAUCGACUGAGCGAAGGUAGCAAAAAUACUGAAGCUCAAAUACGACAAGCAUCAUCCCAAGCCCUCCGAAACAUAAAUGACACCGCAACAAAACUAGUUAAAACUCCCAUAGCUAAAACCAAUACCAGUCGAACCAACCAAACCAAUGACUUCAGCACAAGCAGACAGAAAGACAACCUCAUGUAUACUGAUGAUGAUGAACAACCACACGCGAAAAUAGACUCUGUAGUAAAGAGGCAUAAGGAUGAGAAAGAACAAGAAACUAAAAAGAAAGAAGCUGUGCAAAAUCUGUUUAGAAAAGAUAAGGAACGAACUAACAGAUUAGAGCAAGCUAGUAAGAACUUUAAAGAGUUUCUUGAUGAUAAAGAAGAUAAGAAGAAUUCAAGUAGUUCUAGAAGUAAAGACAAUUCUAAAGAGAAUGAUAGAAGGAAUAAAGAACUAAAUAAUUCUACAAGUAAGGAUAGUUCGAGACAUGAAGACAGAAGAAACAAAGAUUUGAGUAAUUCUAGAAGUCGAGAUAGUUCUAAAGACAAUAAAGGAAAUACAGACAGUUUGAAUAAUACUAGAAAUAAAGAUAGCUCUAGAGAUAAUGAAAGAAGGAACAGGGAUGAUGGAAAUAGUUCACAAUCGCGGACAAAAGAUGCAGGAGCUAGUGGAGAUAAUAGGAAAAGACAACACUCCGAUGAUAGGCAGAAAGGAAAAGAAAUAGAUGUGGUCCGCCCCGGGCCAGUGAGCUCCACUCCUCACACCCUGCUGGCAGGCGUGGUGUUCGCGCUGAGCGGCUACGAGAACCCGCGCCGGGCGCGCCUGCGCGACGCCGCCGCGGCCAUGGGCGCGCGCUUCCAGCGCGACUGGAGCCCCGCCUGCACACAUCUUAUAUGCGCCUUCCCAAACACGCCCAAACUCCGAACAGUCCGCAGCUCCCCAUCUGGCAGCAACUGUAUAGUGGUACUAGGGGAGUGGAUAGAACAGUGCUGCGAGAAGAAAAGGCUGCUUCCGUGGCAGUGGUUCGCCACGGAACCCAAGAAGAAAGUCCAACCCCCUGCUGGCUGGGAUGACGAUGAUAAGACUGCUUCAGAAUACGACACUGACGACGAAAUCGAGAAAGUAUUACGAAAACAGAAGAAACAACGCACUGACAAAUCUCCCUCCCCUCAACCAACCACCAGCAGGGAUUCGCCCCAACCCCAUUCAAGCAGAGACUUGGCUCCAAGACCACAAACCAGCAGAGAAAAAUCACCAACACCUCAUUCAAGCAGAGACUUGUCACCAAGACCACAAACCAGCAGAGAAAAAUCACCAACACCUCAUUCAAGUAGAGAAAAAUCACCAAAACCACAUACUAGCAGAGAGAAAUCACCAAAACAGAGUUCAAGAAAAGAAAACCAACAAAAACGUACCAAAGAACGAUCACACAGUAAAGAAUCACCAAAACAAAAACGAAACCUCAACUUUUCUAACAUGUCUUCAGACUCCGAUGUAGCUUUUGUUAAAGAUGAAAGAAUCCAAGCUAAUAUUACAAUUGAUUCUGGAGAUUCUACGGAUGAAGAGAAACCAGUGGUCAAGGAAAAGAUAGAUAAGGCGCGUGUGUUACCAGAUUUCUUCGAUGGAUAUACGUUUGUGAUCGAUGAUCGUGUGGAAGACGCUGGGUUCGAUAAGGAGCUGCUGAACAGAUAUGUGAAGGCGUAUGGUGGUGUUGUUAUGGAUACGUCUGCAGUGGAUUCGGACAGCGACAUCAGUUUCGUGCUAAGCGCCGGCGCCGGUUACAGCAAGAAUGGGCUUCGCGUGCGCGCCGACUGGUUGUGGCGGUGCCAUGAGGAGAAACGGCUCGCUGAUGUGGAAGAUUAUAAGCUCUAAGUCAAGGGACUAAGGUCUAUUUUUAGUCCCCGGAAAGUCAUUCCAGCUAACGAAGAGGGACACGAAUCGAUAACCUGGCAACCUGAACCCGGAAACCUGACAGCCAAUAAGUUUGGAAACCCCUGCUGAUGUCUGCUUAAUCAACUUGAAAAUUUGCUUCUUGCAAAGUAAGCUUGAAAAAUUAUUCCAUUGUCGCUCAAAGCAUUGGUAAUAUGGCAGAGCCUAAACUUUUAAGAGCACUUAUAGAUCGUGUCAUUCACGAAGACGCGUGCGCGUAUAUUUAUAUUAUAUAUUAACCUUUAAACGCCCCGCCUAUAGUGCGUGAGGCCUUAUCGGGAACCGCGUCGGAAUUAGGGAGUGCUGACUUCGAAAUAACCGUAUAUUUCGGUUUAUUUUAUACUCCAAAUGUAGGAAUCCGCUGUGUUUUUAAAUAACGACUUCGUAUUAUUAGAUUGCCCAAUUAGAUAUGAAAUAAUUAACAAAGAACGAAAAAAUACCGUUUUCGUACCCAUGCAAAAAAUACCGGUUUCCGAUCCUUGCUCCCGGUACUGGUUUUACCGGGAAUUCCCGGUUCUCGCCAUACAAACUCCCAAUCAGUACCGGGAGCAUUCCCUAGUCGGAAUGUACGAAGAUUGACGCGCCGCACACUAUAGGCGAAGCGUUCAAAGGGUUAAGGAACGACAAAAAAUUUACCCUGACGUAUGUAACUUGUUAUUUGAUUAAUGUAUUGUUGCUAGUUGUAUAUAAACGGUCUUCACACUGGAUACUGAUACUCACGCCGCUACGGUGUGCGAACGGGACAUUGCUAUACACGUGUAUAACUAUGUCUCGCUCACACACCGGAGGAGUGCAGAUUUGAGCCAGUGUGAUAUUGCUUAAGGAUUGAGAUUUGCAGUGAUAAACCAAACAAAAUAUUAUAAUAAUCAAUUUAUUGACGAAUAAAAUGAUUGUUUUUUA